AUGAACGAUCCCGAGAAAGAGCAGGGCGCGCUCAAAGAUGACGUUUACAGCCAGGCAAACUCUCCUAGAGAAGGAUUCACGAAGGCGGAUCAAAAACACAUGUACCGCUUAGGAAAGGCACAAGAGUUGAAGGCAUCACUGAGUUUUGCGGUCGUGCUGAAGGCGAUAUGGGAGUACUUAAUGCUUGCGAAUACACAGGGACUUAUUGAUGGAGGCCUCGCUGGUCUCUUCAGGAGCUUCAUCUGGACUUUUCUCGCGUUUAGUUUUGUGGGACUCAGCUUGGCUGAGAUGGCAUCCAUGGCUCCGACAUCUGGUGGUCAAUACCACUGGGUCAGCGAGUUUGCCCCUCCCAGCAUUCAGAAGUUCCUUUCUUACAUGAUGGGCUGGAUGAGUGUACUCUCCUGGCAAGCCGGAAAUGCUGCAGACUGCUUCAUCACGGGCACGCUAAUCCAGGCACUGCUUCAAUUCAAUGACAAAAAUUACGAUCCAAAGCGGUGGCAUGGUACGUUGUUCACAUGGGCAAUGGUCCUCGUUCUCUACGUCGUCAACAUCUGGGGUCACGACUUUUGGCCGCGCAUUCAGAAUCUGCUGAUGAUUAUACACAUACUAGCGUUCUUUGCGGUUAUCACAGUGCUGUGGACCUUGGCUCCGCACAACAGUGCGGAAAGGGUGUUUACAGAGUUUAGUAACGGGGGCGGUUGGAACAGCACGGGGCUCUCGCUCAUGGUCGGUCAGAUUUCCGCCAUCUAUUCGAUUCUGGGCUCAGAUGCAACGGCGCACAUGGCAGAGGAGGUUCAUCGAUACAUCCCAAUCUCUCUCUUCUGGUCCUACAUCGGCAACUCCCUCAUGGCCAUUGUCUUCCUCAUAACCUACCUUUUCGCUCUACCCUCAGUCGAAGACGCCAUCAAUGACCCCUCCGGAUACCCCUUCCUCUAUGUCCUCAAAGGCGCCAUGGGUCCCGCCGGCGUAAACACACUCACUGUUGUCGUCCUCCUCAUUGUAUCCACCGCAAACAUAAACUUCGGCGCGUCCACAGCCCGCCAAACCUUUGCUUUCGCCCGCGACAAAGGCCUUCCCUUCUCAUACUGGCUAGCCAGAGUGCACACAACCAAGGAAAUUCCCGCCAACGCCAUCCUCGUGACCUGCCUCAUGGCGAUUCUUCUCUCCCUCAUCAAUAUCGGCUCCCUCGUCGCCUUCAACUCAAUCAUCUCCUUGCAGAUCGUGUCUCUCAUGUUCACUUACUUCUGCUCGCUCUCAUGUGUGCUCUACCGGUGUCUCUACUACCCUGAGCUGCUCCCUGUUGCACGCUGGAGUCUCGGGCGGUGGGGCCCGUUGGUAAACGCUGUAGGGCUGGGGUAUGUCAUGUUUGCAUUCUUUUGGUCCUUCUGGCCGAAUGAGACACCAGUUGAUACGGAGACAUUUAAUUGGAGUGUGGUGAUGUUUAUGGGGGCCUUAGUGCUAGCAUUGGUAAUGUAUGCAGUGGAGGGGAGGGGAGUUUAUACAGGGCCUGUGAAGCAGUGUCGGAUGGCGAGGUUGGAUAUUUGA